GCUCUACAUACAGUGUUCUGUCCACCAUGCCCUCAGACUCUGAGAGUAGCAGUUCCCUAAGCAGUGUCGGUAAGUAUGGGGCCAAGACGUGUGUGUGUGUGUGUGUGUGUGUGUGUAUAAUCCAAGUCAUGGUUUCGGUAGUCUCAACGCCACGCAGUGCAGCUUUGUUUAUACCAGAAUAACCCCACUAGUCCAAUAAGACAUCAUUCAGUAAAGACUCAUUAGUGCUUGCCAAUGUUCCCUACGGCAGCCCAGCUGGACCCAUGCCAAUCUCUCUCCUUUCUCUCCUCCAUGAGUUUAGUUCACCAUGCUACCUCCUUAACAUGCACACUCACUUACUCACUCUUGCUACCAGAGCUUGACAGGGGUCCAAAUGACACUGCGCGUCACUGGCUGUUACAUAAACCCUUAAGGGCCCAACCUGGUGCCAAGGAUCCUCUGAGUUCCUCCCUGGCGCUGGCUCUGCCGGUCGGUCUGUCUGUUGGCCAGGCCCGCUCCUUCUGUUUCUGUUCUGGGAAGAGUGGGAAAGAGGGAGGGAGGGAGGGAGGUAGAGAGAGAGGGGGGUCUGCUGUCUGUCUGUCGGCCUCCUUGCCAGGCCCGCUCUUUCUGUUUCUGUUCUGGAAAGAGGGAGAAAGAGAGGAAGGAGAAGGGAGGUAGAGAGAGGUAGAGAGAGGUAGAGAGAGAGAGAGGUGUUUGCUGUGAAAGGGGGAGAUCCAAUAAUUUAACCUAUACGUGGUCGCAAGGAAGAGACACAAAGAAAGGUAGCUGUUUUAAAGUAUUGGGACACAGCCCCGAGCAUGGAAGAUAUUUUAUAACCGUGGCUAAGGGAACAUGGCUAGAAGGAAAUUAUUAAUUUAAAUAGAAAGUAAGCAUUUCACGGUAAGGUGUACACAUGCUGUAUUCGGCGCAUGUGACAUACAAUUUGAUUUGAAUAUUAAUCUUCUACUCAAUGACUUACAAAGACCUUUGUAUUUUUGAAUGACUGCACAAAUGCAUUGGUUAAUGUAAUACUAUGAAAGUGUCCUAGAGACUCUGCAUAAGCCAGCCAGACAGAAAGUACCAGGAAUAUGUUUUAUUUAAUCCAAUAUGCUGCUUGUCAUUUUCAUGUCAGAGAUUACCAGCAUUGUUGCCAUGUGAAUCUGAGGUUAUUCUUGGAAAUUGUAGAGAAGAUUGUCAUGGAAAAGAUUAAAGAGGAAUUUCAUAUCAGACAACCGCUGUUCUAAAGCAGUACCUUGGUAGUAAAUUUGUUCAGAAUGUCUAGGACAAGGCCUAAACCACUUCAGACCUUAUGUGCGCAAAGAGCAUUGUACUGUAUAAUGCGCUACAGUUUGUUUUGUCGUAGUCCUGUGUUUGCUGUGAUGUAUUCAAUCAUAUUUUACUGUCCCAGUCUACUGGUGAUGGUAACUGGGUUUUUCAGGAAUAUUACACUUAAACCCAACAUAAUAUAGUAUUCAGGAGAAGUUGACAUAAAGUUGCAUGAGGUUUAAGUGAGUCUUGGGAUUUGUGUGCCUAACCUCAACCUUCACAUGAAUAAUACUCAUGUCAACAUAAUAUUCUUGCAAAGGUCAGAUUCUUGUGUAAGUACCUAACUUUUUUAACUCAAGUCAAAUGUCAGCUGUGGCAGGCCUAUGCAGCUGUAAUAGAACUAUAUUCCCCCAGAAUAAGACACAGGAGAACCAGAUCAAGCAUCAUGUCCAGUUAGAAUCACCUCUAAUACAAAGGACUGAGCUUAUAAAAUGUAUAUACCCUUAUGUGUGUGUGUGUGUGUGUGUCUGUGCUUGUUUGUUUAUAUUGUGAUGUAAGUGUCUUCCUCCCCUUCCUGUCCCGUGUAUUCCGGUGGCAGUGAGCUGCUCUUGCCCCUGGUGACAUACUCACUGUUGCAGGUUCACCCCCCGGUACCGGUAACGGCUCAGUCUCGUCCCCGCUCCCAGCCAUCAACGACAACCGGCCAGCCGGUGACAACCUGGACACCAUCCUGUUCCAGCUGCGUCAGGUGACCCGUGAGAGGGACGAACUCCGCAAGCGCCUGGCCCUGGCAUCGCCUGGCACCACCUUCGACGACUGCAGGUACAAACAACCCCCCCCCCCCCCUACACAUAAGUAGAGUAGAUCGUCUUUAUACUGUACUAUACACCAAUGUCUCCAUGCAACAAGUAUUCAAAAUACAAUAUUUAGACAGAGCAUACAUUCCAGCUAAUCAUAAAAGUUAAGGUAGCCUACAACAGAGUAAAAAAAAAAUAUUCAGCCAUUGUUGUGUUAUCUUUAAGCACCUGAACUACAUCACAUGGUCUGCUAUGAUAGACUGACUGCAACACUUGGUUAAUUGUUGUCUGUAUGGGUCGUUACUUUGAGGUCAGUGACCUGGUGGUUUGAUUGGUCAUGUUUACACACACUUUUAUAAAGCCCUCUGUUUCCUGAAGCCAUUGUACAGAAUCAGGAGGGAUGCACAAUAGUGAGUUCAUCUCUCACAAGCAGACAUGUACCCUCAGGGAAAAGGGUUAGGGUCCGAUGAUGAUAUUAGGAACGUUUGCUAAACAAGUUAACAAACUGUAUGUACAGACACGGCUAUGAAAAGUAGUCUCUAGAAAGUUGCGUAGGCCUGCGUCUGACUUGAGUGCAUUUAUGGGAUGCCUCAUGGUCUGAUAAACAACGCUGUAGCUCGGCCACCUUCCACCGCAGAUGCCGAAGGCCACUGUUGGCGGAUGCAGUGGAUUGAGACGCAGCCCAGGCAAAAAAAACAUAUCUCUAGCUUAAACAGACGGAUUUUGAUGGGUAUUUUUAUUCUUAUGCUAAUUCAAUUUCAUGGGGGGGGGGGGGGGGGGGGGGGGGACAUCAACUAGGGGGUUAACUGACAUUGGGCUGAUCUUGUAGACAAGGUCUCAGGUUGUUGGUGUGAUGAUGUGAUGCAUUACUCCACUCAUGUCGUUGUUUCCCCAAAGGCCGAAUUCCAAAGCCAGCCACGACUACGAGCGUCUAAAAAGUCAGUGUACGAGGGCCAUGGCAGAUCUGCAGUCUCUACAGAACCAACACACCAAGACUCUGAAGAGGUGUGAGGAGGCCGUCAAGGAGGCUGACUUCUACCAGUGAGUACCACCAUCAUCAACACUGAUUGGGUUGGUUGGUUGGGUUAAUCGAUUGGCUGGCUGGCUGGCUGGCUGGUUGGUCGGUCGACUGACUGACUGGUUUGUUGGUUAACAAAAAUACAUGAAUUGUCUGGGGAAAGGUGGACAUUUAGUAGUCCUUGAGUACACUGCCCAGCCUAAUGUCAGGAAUAAUCUGUUAGUUCACUAACUGUUUCUGAAUAGACUGUUGUAAUUAGAUGGGAAUAAUGAGAGGUUUUAUGGAGUCAUUGUUUUACUCAUUUACAGACGGGAGAAGUGCCUGGUGAACAUUUAUGUGCUAAUGGUCUGUUUCCAUUUAACUGGAAUAGGGAUUACCUAAAUGUGAAUUAAGGAGUUGUACAGCAAUAUCUUUUAUAGUCAAUUGUGAAUGAAGUCGUAUCAAAUUAUGUUCUAUAGGGCUACCAAACCCAGCACUAAACCUACAAUAUGUCUAGCAGUCAUGCUUUUAAUCUGGGGGGGUUUCCUUUGUACACACUUACUAGAGUAAACAUAAACUCUAACAGAGUACCACACAUGUACAGUUUUGCAAAGUUCUUUAAGGACAAUAUGUGGUAAUCUGUGGCAUUAAAUCCAGGCAUGUAAGGUGUGGGUGUGCGCACACGCACGUGUGGGUACCCAGUGAGACAGAUGAGUGAGAUAGAUUAGGAUUAUCGCUCCACUCCUGUCUCUCCAUCAGGCCUGUGUGUGAUUGUAUGGAUGGAUGUAAGCCCCUGUCGCUGUCUGUCCAGGAAAGCAAUCAAACAGAAUGGGUUAAUCUCCCUCCUAACCUCUGUCUGUAUAGUCAUUGACUUACAUGUUCCUCCCUCCCCCAGUGAACAUAUAUUGCAAUCAGUACUUAUCGAAUAAACUCAAUUCAGGUCUGCAGAGAGGUUAGUCCGUACUUUCACUUUAACCUGCCUUUUGCAGACAUAGCCUAGAUAAUGCAAUCUGCUGUAUAACUAAUGUAACCUCAUGGUAAUCACAGCCCCUGUUUUGCUUUGCUACCAGUGUGUUUUUGGGCAGGCGGGCCGUGCUUCCAGCCUUCAUGAAGAAUCUCCGCUUGCUUCUAUUUAGACCUUGUUAUGAUGUGCCAUCAAAGUCAGGAAACUGUGUCUUCCCCUCCCCCAGUUUUGACCUCUCCCUCUCUGUCUCCAGUAUUCUCCACAGUCGUGUGUUAGGAGAUCAGUCUCAACUGAAGGAGGAGCUGGAGGUGUUGAGGAGAGACAACACUCAGCUUGUCAGGGAACACAACCACCUGAAGCAGAGCUGUGAGGAGCUCCGCAGGCUACACAGCGAGGACCAGAAGGAGGUGGCCGACAUGAGGCUGCAGCAGCAAGAGGUACACACACACACACAAGGUUGCUGUGACCUAUACUGGGUUGAUGUGCUUUCAGAUACCCACACAUCCCUGGAGAAGACUGCUGCGUUGGACAGGACGUGCGCACACACAGACACACACGGCUGGGAGAUGCAUAUUGAGCACUUCUGUAAAGGGCAGUGCUGGAGGACAAGGUCACUGGCUCAUGUAAAGGGCAUGUAGGCAGUAGGCACAUUCCCCUUGUUCCUACUGCUCCUCCUGUGUUCACAGAUCUGUAAGUUCAGGAGAAGUGUUUAAACUCACCAGGAUAGAGUACUAGGUCUCCAUCUCCUGUAAAGGCCACACACACCUGCAUACUGCCCUGGGGUCACACCUGCUCCCACAGUAAUCAUCACAGACUCCAGCAAGCCUUACAUACACCACACGCUCAACCAAACACACAAAAACGGCAGGGAGGUUGAUGCAUUUUAUUUGAUGAUGAUUUUGUGAUUGUAAAGGGCCAGCAAAAGUGAAACCUAGGGGCUAGUGUACACAGGCAGAACAAUUCUGAUAUUUUCCCAGUUAUUGAUCUUUUGACCAAUCAGAUCAGAUCCUUUGCCAGUAAUUGGGCAAAAUAUCUGUAUUGGGCUGCCUGUGUAAAUGCAGCCUAGUAGUAUUGAAUAGUCCAUAUACUGCAGCGGCUCACUGUUGCCAUCUGCUGACCAACCGGUGUAAAAUGAAUCAAUGCUCAAUCUGGCUUGGUUCUGGUUCCGGUGGCUUGGUUUGGUUACAACAUGCUUGAGAAGAAGUAAAUAAUCUAUCACUAUCACUCCGGGAAUUUUUUUUUGUAUUAAUUAAAUAAAGCAACGUUUCGACAGGAAGCUUCCUUCAUCUGGGUUUCAGCAUGGUGCUUGAAACACCAAAAUUGUUUUUUUUAAAUAUGUCAACUGUACAUAAUACACUGUUACGAACCCAGUGGCUUUAAACGUCUAGGGUGGAUGGAGAAGAGACCGUAACAUAAAUCAUGCAAAUUAGAAUCGUGACAUGGAACAGGGAGAACAAAAACUACACGACAACCAUAAACUACCGUCAAACAUAAAAGGUUUAUUUGUGAACACACGGUAAAGGUUUGGGGAAAAAGGGCUGAGCAGGACCCAAGAAAUGAAACAAUAGUGUAAAACACCCCUAAACUGAUCUUGCCUGCCUCAAGAACCGCUAAACUACUGCUAAUCAUACAAAAAUACAGUGGGUGGUCCGCUCAGGUCUAACUAGUGUUUAUAGACAGUUUUCUUUUUUACGGGUAAUGUAUGCCCAAGGGCAACUUGCUUAACUUCCCCUUUUCCCCGAAACACAAAGUUACCAAACAGAGUAACCAGCAAAUGAGUGAGUACACAGGACACCACAGUAUCCAUACUCACAUACGAAAAGUAGUCUAGCAAAGUUACCAAACAGAGGAACCAGCAACUUAGUGAGUAAACAAAACACAGGACACCACAGUAUCCAUACUCACAUACGGAAAUAGUCUCUAACAACAAACACAACUGACCGGCUUUUAAACAAUGGGAUGUGUGAUUGAAAAACCAAAAACAGGUGGUGCAAUGCAGAGGAAUGUUCACUGAUUGGUCCACCUUAGCAAUCAGCAGACACCCCAACGACCACCAAUCAGGAACAUACAGGACACCUGUGAUUAGGGCAGAAGGAGAGGAAAAACACAAAAAGACACAGGUUACCUGUAUCCGUAACACUCCCACCCUUAAAAGAGCAAACCACAAUGGUUUGCGACACACGUACCAUCACAACACCCAAAAUUCAAAAAUCAUCCUGACGGGAUAACAAAAAAAACCUAGAUCAUUAAACACGAGACAAAGCAUCUGCCAACACAUUAUCCAACCCCUUUUUGUUGCGGAUCUCCAAAUUAUAAUUUUGCACUACAAGUGCCCAACGCAUAAGGCGUUGGUUCUGGUUGUACAUCCGGUGGAGAAAAACUAAGGGGUUAUGGUCAGUAUACACUAUCACUGGUAAUGCACUGGAACCAACAUAAACUUCAAAGUACUGCAGAGCUAACAACAAAGCUAGAGCUUCUUGUUCAAUGGUGGAAUAGUUUGUCUGACAUUUGUUAAAUUUCCGUGAAAAAUAACAGACAGGAUGGUCCACUCCACUCUGGUCCGGCUGCAGUAGAACAGCACCAGCACCUCUGGCACUUGCAUCUACCUCCAGUUUAAACGGUCGUUCAAAAUCUGGCGCAGCAAGAACAGGAGUACUACAUAAGAGUGCUUUAGCAGUGUUGAAAGCAGUACGACAAUCUUCAGACCAUACAAAUUUUCUCGCCGGACUGAGCAAAUCCAUUAAUGGAGCAACUACCGCAGAGAAAUUUUUACAGAAACUACGGUAGUAGCCAACCAUCCCUAAAAAGCGGCGUAGCUCUCUUCUGGUGGUAGGUGCGGGAAAUGCAUUUAUAGCUGAGACCUUGGCAUCUAGAGGGCGCACCUGACCACGGCCGACCUGUUCACCAAGAUAAGUAACAGUGGCCUUCCCAAACUCGCACUUUGCUAAGUUCAGGGUUAGAGAAGCGGUUGCUAGACGUUCACACACUACCCUUAGAGUGUUAACAUGAUCAGACCACUCAGUUGAAUAAAUUACCAGAUCAUCAAGGUAAGCACUACAAUUAGGAACUCCAGCCAAUACUGUGUUAACCAGGCGUUGGAAAGUGGCUGGUGCGUUCCGCAUCCCAAAUGCCAUGACAGCAUAUUGUAGAAAGUGAUCUGGGGUCACAAAGGCAGAGAUGUCGGAGGCACGUGAGGUUAACGGCACCUGCCAGUAACCUUUUAGAAGAUCUAGUUUGGUUACAUAAGUAGCAGCACCAACAGUAUCAAUACAGUCAUCCAGUCUGGGUAACGGGAACGAGUCGGGCACUGUGACAGCAUUGACCUUCCGAUAGUCCGUACAUAAUCUGGAUGUCCCAUCAGGUUUAGGAACCAGAAUGCACGGAGAACUCCAAGGACUUGAACUUGGCAUAGCCAGGUUAUUCUCUAGCAAAUAACCGACCUCAUCCCUCAUUAUCUUUCUUUUAGAGACGUUGACACGAUAAGCAUGUUGCUUGAUAGGUGCAGCGUUUCCAACAUUAAUGUCAUGUUCUAACACAUUUGUGCAUGUAGGAACAUCAUUAAAAAGACAUGGAAAGCUGUGUAAUAGUCUCACAAUAUCAUCUGACUGUCCGUCCGUUAAAUGAAUCAGGCUUGACGGGAGAGACAGCAGCAUCUCUGAAUUGGGCAAUCUAGCACACUGCUGCUGAGUAUUGCGCAACUCCAAACCAUCUCCGUCCACAUCAUUAACAUGACCUCCCACUACAGCCGUAGCAGCAAUAGAGACAGCCGACUCGGCCAGUUUCUCUGGACUGUCUAUCUGAGUAACGGGUCUGGUAUGUUUUCAACAUGUUAACGUGGCACACACGAGAUUGGCGUUUUCUAUCAGGAGUCUGUAUCACGUAGUCAGUUUCACUUAGUUUCUUUUCAAUUACAUAAGGACCAGAGAAACGUGCUGACAAUGACGCUCCUGGCACAGGCAACAAUACAAGAACUUGGUCACCUGGCUGCAGUGAACGAGAAACAGCCUGUGUGUCAUAGUGUCGUUUCAUCCGUUUCUGUGAGGAAGACAGCGCUUCCUUUGCUAGAGCACAGGCACCAUGUAGGCGCUCACGAAAGCGACUAACGUAGUCCAACACAUUUUCUUUCACACACAACUCUUGUGAUAAAAACUGAUCCUUAAGGACUUUCAUAGGUCCUCUCAUGGUGUGUCCAAACACCAGUUCAGCUGGGCUGAACCCUAAGGAUUCCUGUACUGUCUCACGGACAGCAAACAAAACUAGAGGAACUCCCUCAUCCCAAUCCUUCUCAGAUUCCAAGCAAUAUUUACGGAGCAUAGACUUCAGUGUCUGAUGCCAACGUUCAAGCGCACCCUGAGACUCUGGGUGGUAUGCGCUGGACACACGGUGUGUAACUGACAAGGAUUUUAACACUUGUUUGAAAAGUUUUGAAAGGAAAUUCGUACCCUGAUCAGUUUGUAUCACCUUAGGUAACCCAAAAGUUGAGAAGAAUUUGAUCAACGCUUUACUCACCACCGGAGCAGUAAUCCUUCGCAGAGGAAUGGCCUCUGGGUACCUGGUGGCCACACACAUAAUCGUCAACAUAAACUGGUUACCAGAUUUUGUCUUUGGUAAUGGUCCAACACAAUCAACCAUCACAUGUUCGAAUGGUUCACCUAUGGCCGGUAUGGGACAAAGAGGUGCGGGGGAAAUAACCUGGUUCGGUUUCCCAGUUACUUGACAGGUGUGGCAAGUCCGACAGAACUGAGCCACAUCUUGUUUUAAACCAGGCCAAAAGAUAUGUCGCAAAACUCGAUCAUAAGUCUUGGUGACUCCCAGAUGUCCGGACCACUGGUGAUCAUGAGCGAGGGAUAAAACAUUUUGUCGAAAGGCUGUAGGAAUCACUAUUUGGUAAACAGCAUUCCAAUCUCCGCCAGCGUCAACAUGGGAUGUCCAUUUACGCAUGAGGAGAUUACCAUCAAUGAAGUAUGCCAUGUUUUUCUUCUUUAGCUCCUCCUCUGAGACAACAUUAGAAAAACAUUUAGCUAGGCUAAUGUCAACCUUUUGGUUAGCGAUCAGCUGCUCACGAGUGACUGGUAACUGUAUUGCCUCAGGAACAAGUUCCACAUCCUUCUUCCUUUCUCUGGGCUGUUGGUCAGACUGCACCAGCUUACCAGAGGUAGCACCCGAACUAUCCUCUGGGUCACACUCUCUGAAUAGAAUCGUGUUCGACAAAUCUAUCACUUCACCCACUUGUCGUUCUUGAGCACGUGUGACAGCACAAGCGGGGAACACAUCUGGAUAACCCUGUGCCAGCUCCUCGGAGAGAGACUGGUCACUUUUAUCCAAUACCUCCAAUACGGGUAUCACCUUUCCUCCGGCAAUAUCGUUGCCCAUUAUAAAUGUCACACCUUUUACUGGCAACAUAGGACGUACGCCAACUCUGAACACUCCACUGACUAACUCAGAGUGUACGUUCACAAAGUGCAAUGGCACUGGGACGAAUCCCAUUUCAAUUCCUUGUACUAACACACUGGAACCACAAUAUGUAUUAUUGGACAAGGGCAACACAUCAGAUAGUAUGAACGACUGCGCCGCACCAGUAUCUCUGAGGAUUCUAACUGGACGCUGAGACGCUUCGUCAUCUGAUAUAGAAACAAACCCCUCAAAAAUGAACGGUUCAUAACUGUGAUCUGGGACUGGAACUUUCAAACCACAUUCACUAUGAGGCCUCUGUCUUGAUUCCGGCCUUACAACCGUACGAAUCAGCCCAACACCCAUUGGCGGCCUGGCGUGCUGAGGCAUCCCCUGUUUGCGUUUAAGCAGAAAGCAAUCAUUAACCAUAUGUCCCACCUUAUGACAAUAGAAACAGUGACGCACAUCUUUUGGGUGUGCUGGAUGUACUGCUGGUCGACUAGGACUAAAAGUUAACAACUCUGCGGCCCUGCUCUCCGUACGAGCCGAAAACACGCUCUUAUGCGUCAACACAAACUCGUCUGCCAAUACAGACACUUCCGACAGUGAGGAUACUUUCUGUUCGUUCAGAUAAACUACAAUGCGUUCGGGUAAGCAAUUUUUAAACUCUUCUAACAAGAUUAACUCCCGUAGAGAGUUAAAAAUCAGUUACCUUACUAGCACUGUGCCAUUUGUCAAACAGAUUUCCUUUGUCUCCAGCAAACUCCACAUAAGUCUGAGUAGAAGCCUUUUUAUGAGACCUAAAUCUCUGUCGAUAUGCCUCAGGAACAAGCUCAUAGGCACGAAGAACAGUAGCUUUGACCACGUCAUAAUUUAAGCUGUCUUCAAGAGGUAGCGCCGACAGAACCUCUUGGGCUUUACCUGUUAAUUUACACUGAAGUAAUAGGCACCAUACCUCUUCGGGCCAUUUCAAUGCUACCGCUAUACGUUCAAAAACACUGAAAUAAGAAUCAACCUCUGACUCCCUGAACACAGGUACCAAGGUGAUCUGUCUACUAAUAUCAAAAGUAGCAGACGACACAGCUGGUGAGGACGGCUCACUAGAAGACAUAGUAUGAGCAGAGACUAACCUCGCUGUUUCUGCCUCUAGUUCCAUUUUACGCAUCUCCAGUUCUUGAUCAAGCCUACGCGUCUCCAGUUCUUGAUCAAGCCUACGCAUUUCCAGUUCCUGAUCAAGCCUACGCGUUUCCAGUUCCAUCUUACGCGUCUCCAGCUUGUCUUGCCUGAUCUGUGCUCGCUCUUCCGCCUCCAUUUGGAGCCGUGUCGAGCGGACAUCCAUCCUGGCAUCACUGUCAGUCAGUGGGGAGAGUGGGUCAAAACGGGGCAAUGUGGCUGGAGCCUUAGCCUCGUCCUCAGACACCGAUGGGCUUACAGGAGCAGCAACCACAUCCCCUACAGGAGCAGCAGGGUCAGGCGGCGGUAACUCAAGCACUCGCUCGUUCAAUAAUAUCUCUAACACUACUUCCCUAACUUCUGCUUUCACUAAACCCCUUGAUAUGGGUACAGAAAAGUGGUCAGCCAAAACCUGUAGAUCCACUCUACGGCAAUUCUCAAAAACCUCCCACGUAGGGUUUUCCAAAAAUGCAUCCAACUCAAAAGUAGCCAUCCUAAACUAGCAACACGAGCCGUCGAAUACUGAACACAAAACCAGUUAGUUACAGCUGCCAAACUCAACACUGAACCAGACACUAACUAAUUUGCAUGAGUAGCACGGGUAUCAAUGAGAAUGAUCCCGGACGAACCCCCACAUUAUGUUAGGAACCCCGUGGCUUUAAACGUCUAGGGUGGAUGGAGAAGAGCCCCGUAACAUAAAUCAUGCAAAUUAGAAUCGUGACAUGGAACAGGGAGAACAAAAACUACACGACAACCAUAAACUACCGUCAAACAUAAAAGGUUUAUUUGUGAACACACGGUAAAGGUUUGGGAAAAAGGGCUGAGCAGGACCCAAGAAAUGAAACAAUAGUGUAAAACACCCCUAAACUGAACUUGCCUGCCUCAAGAACCGCUAAACUACUGCUAAUCAUACAAAAAUACAGUGGGUGGUCCGCUCAGGUCUAACUAGUGUUUAUAGACAGUUUUCUUUUUUACGGGUAAUGUAUGCCCAAGGGCAACUUGCUUAACUUCCCCUUUUCCCCGAAACACAAAGUUACCAAACAGAGUAACCAGCAAAUGAGUGAGUACACAGGACACCACAGUAUCCAUACUCACAUACGAAAAGUAGUCUAGCAAAGUUACCAAACAGAGGAACCAGCAACUUAGUGAGUAAACAAAACACAGGACACCACAGUAUCCAUACUCACAUACGGAAAUAGUCUCUAACAACAAACACAACUGACCGGCUUUUAAACAAUGGGAUGUGUGAUUGAAAAACCAAAAACAGGUGGUGCAAUGCAGAGGAAUGUUCACUGAUUGGUCCACCUUAGCAAUCAGCAGACACCCCAACGACCACCAAUCAGGAACAUACAGGACACCUGUGAUUAGGGCAGAAGGAGAGGGAAAAACAUAAAAAGACACAGGAUACCUGUAUCCGUAACAUACACUUUACUUGUAUAGCACAAUUCAUACAGAGACGGCAACUGAAGGUGCACUAACUGUAUGUGCAUGUAUAAACAUAGAAAAGUAUGAGCUCAAUGACCAUGUCCUUCCUCCAGGUGAUGAGAGAAAACGGUUCAUCAGAGGUUCUCAACAAGCUCUAUGACACGGCCAUGGACAAGCUGGAGGGGGUGAGGAAGGAGUACGAUUCACUGAGCAAACGCUACAGCGAGAAGGUAGCCAAUCACAACACGGACCUGAGCAGGCUGGAGCAGGUGGAGGAAGAGAACCGCCGACUACAGAAACAGAUUGACAUGCUGCUGAGACAACGAGACACGGCCAUACACUACCAACAACAGUGUUCUACGUCCAUGAGGAGGUAACACACAGACACACUGCUGAAACGAGACAGUUACACAUAUAUAUAUAUAUAUAUACUACUACACACCUCACCUUCUUCCUCUCUCCCCAGGUUUGACUCUGUACAACAGGAGCUGAACAAGUCUUCAGCCCAGAACAAGGAGCUGCAGAGGGAGAUGGAGCGGCUUCAGACGGAGGUGACACGCUGUAAGAACUUCCAGCUGAAGGCAGUAAAAGACUGUGAGAAGUGCAAGGAGGAGAGGGAUUCUGUGUUCAACGAGUACAGGCUCAUCAUGAGUGAGAGGGACCAGGUCAGAGUCAAAUACAUAUAAUACAUUAAGGCCCGGUUUUCCAGACACCAAUUACGCCUAGUCUUGGACUAAGAAGCUACUUUCAAUGUAGAAUCUCCAUUGAGUAUUUUAUCUUUGUGCAAGAAUUCAUCCUAAAGUAGUUUUUUUUAAUUCUGGGGAACAGGUGAUCAAGGAGCUGGACAAGCUGCAGACAGAGCUGGAGGCUGCAGAGGCCCGCCUCAAAAACACCACGUCUGAAAGGAUGGUGGCCAGCGAGAAGAUGGAGGCUCUCAGACAGGUACAGGUCAAUGAAUAAUUUUAUCAAUCAAGUCAAUCAAAUCAAAUCAAAUCACACAAAAAAUGCCACAUGCGCCGAAUACAACAGGUGUAGACAUUACAGUGAAAUGUUUACUUACAGCCCUUAACCAACAAUGCAUUUAUUUUUUUAUAAAAAAGUAAAAUAAAACAACAACAAAAAAGUGUUGAGAAAAAAAGAGCAGAAGUAAAAUAAAAUAACAGUAGGGAGGCUAUAUACAGUGAGGGAAAAAAAGUAUUUGAUCCCCUGCUGAUUUUGUACGUUUGCCCACUGACGAAGAAAUGAUCAGUCUAUAAUUUUAAUGGUAGGUUUAUUUGAACAGUGAGAGACAGAAUAACAACAAAAUAAUCCAGAAAAAUGCAUGUCAAAAAUGUUAUAAAUUGAUUUGCAUUUUAAUGAGGGAAAUAAGUAUUUGACCCCUCUGCAAAACAUGACUUAGUACUUGGUGGCAAAACCCUUGUUGGCAAUCACAGAGGUCAGACGUUUCUUGUAGUUGGCCACCAGGUUUGCACACAUCUCAGGAGGGAUUUUGUCCCACUCCUCUUUGCAGAUCUUCUCCAAGUCAUUAAGGUUUCGAGGCUGACAUUUGUCAACUCGAACCUUCAGCUCCCUCCACAAAUGUUCAAUGGGAUUAAGGUCUGGAGACUGGCUAGGCCACUUGUUGCCUUGGCUGUGUGUUUUGGGUCAUUGUCAUGCUGGAAUACCCAUCCACGACCCAUUAUAAAUGCCCUGGCUGAGGGAAGGAGGUUCUCACCCAAGAUUUGACGGUACAUGGCCCCGUCCAUCGUCCCUUUGAUGCUGUGAAGAUGUCCUGUCCCCUUAGCAGAAAAACACCCCCAAAGCAUAAUGUUUCCACCUCCAUGUUUGACGGUGGGGAUGGUGUUCUGGGGUCAUAGGCAGCAUUCCUCCUCCUCCAAACACUGCGAGUUGAGUUGAUGCCAAAGAGCUCGAUUUUGGUCUCAUCUGACCACAACACUUUCACCCAGUUCUCAUCUGAAUCAAUCAAUUUCAAUCAAUUUUAUUUUAUAUAGCCCUUCUUACAUCAGCUAAUAUCUCGAAGUGCUGUACAGAAACCCAGCCUAAAACCCCAAACAGCUAGUAAUGCAGGUGUAGAAGCACGGUGGCUAGGAAAAACUCCCUAGAAAGGCGAAAACCUAGGAAGAAACCUAGAGGAACCAGGCUAUGAGGGGUGGCCAGUCCUCUUCUGGCUGUGCCGGGUGAAGAUUAUAACAGAACCAUGCCAAGAUGUUCAAAAAUGUUCAUAAGUGACAAGCAUGGUCAAAUAAUAAUCAGGAAUAAAUCUCAGUUGGCUUUUCAAAGCCGAUCAUUAAGAGUUGAAAACAGCAGGUCUGGGACAGGUAGGGGUUCCAUAACCGCAGGCAGAACAGUUGAAACUGGAAUAGCAGCAAGGCCAGGCGGACUGGGGACAGCAAGGAGUCACCACGGCCGGUAGUCCCGACGUAUGGUCCUAGGGCUCAGGUCUCUCAGUUGGCUUUUCAUAGCCGAUCAUUAAGAGUUGAAAACAGCAGGUCUGGGACAGGUAGGGGUUUCGUAACCGCAGGCAGAACAGUUGAAACUGGAAUAGCAGCAAGGCCAGGCGGACUGGGGACAGCAAGGUGUCAUCAUGCCCGGUAGUCCUGACGUAUGGUCCUAGGGCUCAGGUUCUCAGAGAGAAAGAGAGAACGAGAGAAUUAGAGAGAGCAUACUUAAAUUCACACAGGACACUGGAUAAGACAGGAGAAGUACUCCAGGUAUAACCAACUAACCCCAGCCCCCCGACACAUAAACUACUGCAGCAUAAAUACUGGAGGCUGAGACAGGAGCGGUCCGGAGACACUGUGGCCCCAUCCGAAGAAACCCCCGGACAGGGCCAAACAGGAAGGAUAUAACCCCACCCACUCUGCCAAAGCACAGCCCCCGCACCACUAGAGGGAUAUCCUCAACCACCAACUUACAAUCCUGAGACAAGGCCGAGUAUAGCCCACAGAGGUCUCCACCACAGCACAAACCAAGGGGGGGGCGCCAACCCAGACAGGAAGAUCACGUCAGUAACUCAACCCACUCAAGUGACGCACCCCUCCCAGGGACGGCAUGAAAGAGCACCAGCAAGCCAGUGACUCAGCCCCUGCAACAGGGUUAGAGGCAGAGAACCCCAGUGGAGAGGGGAACCGGCCUGGCAGAGACAGCAAGGGCUGUUCGUUGCUCCAGAGCCUUUCCGUUCACCUUCACACUCCUGGGCCAGACUACACUCAAUCAUAUGACCUACUGAAGAGAUAAGUCUUCAGUAAAGACUUAAAGGUUGAGACCGAGUCUGCGUCUCUCACAUGGGUAGGCAGACUGUUCCAUAAAAAUGGAGAUCUAUAGGAGAAAGCCCUGCCUCCCGCUGUUUGCUUAGAAAUUCUAGGGACAAUUAGGAGGCCUGCGUCUUGUGACCGUAGCGUACGUAUUGGUAUGUACGGCAGGACCAACUCGGAAAGAUAGGUAGGAGCAAGCCCAUGUAACGCUUUAUAGGUUAACAGUAAAACCUUGAAAUCAGCCCUUGCCUUAACAGGAAGCCAGUGUAGGGAAGCUAGCACUGGAGUAAUAUGAUCAAAUUUCUUGGUUCUAGUCAGGAUUCUAGCAGCCGUAUUUAGCACUAACUGAAGUUUAUUUAGUGCUUUAUCCGGGUAGCCGGAAAAUAGAGCAUUGCAGUAGUCUAACCUAGAAGUAACAAAUGCAUGGAUUAAUUUUUCUGCAUCAUUUUUGGACAGAGAAUUUCUGAUCUUUGCAAUGUUACGUAGAUGGAAAAAAGCUGUCCUUGAAACAGUCUUGAUAUGUUCGUCAAAAGAGAGAUCAGGGUCAAGAGUAACGCCGAGGUCCUUCACAGUUUUAUUUGAGACGACUUUACAACCAUCAAGAUGAAUUGUCAGAUUUAACAGAAGAUCUCUUUGUUUCUUGGGACCUAGAACAAGCAUCUCUGUUUUGUCCGAGUUUAAAAGUAAAAAGUUUUCAGCCAUCCACUUCCUUAUGUCUGAAACACAGGCUUCUAGCGAGGGCAAUUUUGGGGCUUCACCAUGUUUCAUUGAAAUGUACAGCUGUGUGUCAUCCGCAUAGCAGUGAAAUCCGCACAUCAUUCAGAUGUUCAUUGGCAAACUUCAGAUGGGCCUGUAUAUGUGCUUUCUUGAGCAGGGGGACCUUGCAGGAUUUCAGUCCUUCACGGCGUAGUGUGUUACCAAUUGUUUUCUUGGUAACUAUGGUCCCAGCUGCCUUGAGAUCAUUGACAAGAUCCUCCCAUGUAGUUCUGGGCUGAGUCCUCACCGUUCUCAUGAUCAUUGCAACUCCACGAAGUGAGAUCUUGAAUGGAGCCCCAGGCCGAGGGAGAUUGACAGUUCUUUUGUGUUUCUUCCAUUUGUGAAUAAUCGCACCAACUGUUGUCACCUUCUCACCAAGCUGCUUGGCGAUGGUCUUGUAGCCCAUUCCAGCCUUGUGUAGGUCUACAAUCUUGUCCCUGACAUCCUUGGAGAGCUCUUUGGUCUUGGCCAUGGUGGAGAGUUUGGAAUCUGAUUGAUUGAUUGCUUCUGUGGACAGGUGUCUUUUAUACAGGUAACAAGCUGAGAUUAGGAGCACUCCCUUUAAGAGUGUGCUCCUAAUCUCAGCUCGUUACCUGUAUAAAAGACACCUGGGAGCCAGAAAUCUUUCUAAUUGAGAGGGGGUCUCAUACUUAUUUCCCUCAUUAAAAUGCAUUUGACAUGCGUUUUUCUGGAUUUUUUGGUUGUUAUUCUGUCUCUCACUGUUCAAAUAAACCUACCAUUAAAAUUAUAGACUGAUCAUUUCUUUGUCAGUGGGCAAACGUACAAAAUCAGCAGGGGAUCAAAUACUUUUUUCCCUUACUGUAUACAGGGGGGUACCGGUGCAGAGUCAACACCUCGUCUGAGAGGUUCAUAAAUUAUUUAAUCAGUCAAAACACUUAGAGGGUGAUAGCCAGGGAGGAGAUUGAGGCUCGCAAACAGGUAAUUAUCAUAGGUUAAUCAAUUAAUAUAUAUCUGUUUAUUAAUCAAUCAAACUCACCUCGUCUGAAACAAUGGUGGCCAUUGAGGCUCUCAGACAGCUGCUCGGUCAAUUAGCUAAAUUUGUCGCUGCCAGAUCAACAAAGGGAUUUUAUGAUUGUGUUAUGGCAUUAAAUAUGACUUGAUUGUGGUUGUUUUUAGGAGCUGAACUCGUCGUUGGUGGACCGGGACAGGGCAAUCUGUGAGAGGAACGAGCUGUUGGAGAAGUACUGCCACGAGGUGAAGGACAAGGCUGAGGCCCAAAAGGAGCUGAGCCAAGCCUGUAAAGAUAUUGAGACGGUCCGGGAGGAGAGAGACGUGGCCCGCAAGGAGAGGACAGAGGCCAUCAUACAGAGAGAUCAGCUACUGAGAGAAUACUACCAGGCUAGACAGGUAACACAAACACACCUGAAACAACACACACACCUUACAGGUAUGAUACACAACUGUCUUGGAGAGAGGACAGAGGCUGUCAAAAGGUGCAUGAUAAAGAGCUUAGAGGAUCCCAUAAGCUGUCAACCAUUUGGAUUAUGUGAGUUGCAUGACCCUAAAGCGGAUUUAGUGCCUUAGACAAAUGCUGCUAUUGCUGCUCCUGACACUUCCCUGAUCAGACCACUAGAUGGCCCUCCUACUGCGGUUUUACAAUACAGGAGUCGGGAUGCUUCAAAUCUGUGAUAGAAAUCCCAGUUGGAUGAUUCCUUCGCUACUGAUCCCUUCUGAUUCCGGGAAUUCUCCAACUGGGAUUUCUGAGAAACCUGAGAACUUUGUGAAAGUUUCAGGAAAUGUGUGUUUGAUCUGUUGAAGUUUCAUGUAUUGAAAGUGGCUGACUAGCGUGUGUCCAUGUGUGUCCGUGUCUGUGCGUGUGUUCAUGUCUGUGUGUGCUCGACAGAAACAAGACUCUGCCACCCUGGACAUAGAGCGGGCCAACAAGGAGAUGGAGGUGUUGAGGAAGCAGUACGAGGCCAUGUCCCAGGAGCUGAAGGAGGCUACGCAGGAGGCAGAGGUGGCCAAGUGUCGACGUGACUGGGCCUUCCAGGAGAGAGACAAGAUAGUGGCAGAGAGAGAGAGCAUACGGUGAGAAAUAGGAAAGAGUGGCGUAGGCUCUUUUUUAAUUCCUCUUUCCUUGAUUCCUUGCAUUUUCUCUCCUUGCCUCCUUCUGAAAACGCAUUUGAGUAGAAGGUCCGAGAGGAGGAACCUUGGGUCUUCCUCAAUGUGUUUUGAGAAGGAGGCAUGGAGAGAGGAAGCAAUUAAUAUUGACUGACUAAACUGUGCUGAUGCUUGAUAAUGUCAUAUCCUGCCCCUCCAGGACGCUGUGUGACAACCUGCGUAGGGAGCGGGACCGGGCGGUCAGCGAUCUGGCCGACGCCCUUCGUAACCUUGACGACAUGAGGAAGCAGAAGAAUGACUCGUCACGGGAACUGAAGGAACUCAAGUGAGUCCCAGAGCACACAGACACACACAGAAAAUGCCUGGCCUCCUCUAAAUAACCUUUUUCUAAGCUGGCCCCUGUAAGAAUAUAGUUGAAUAGCCCAGGUCUAUGAGGUUAAUUAAACACACACACACAUACCAUACCACACCACACCACACCACACACUUUCCACUUUCUCAACCCCCUUGUAGUGAUGUGAAAAGCUCCCUCUACUGGUCAGUGUGUGACUGCCAUAUUAAAUUAUCUCCGUAUCUUGACUUUGAGAGCUCGUCCUCCUUUCCUGUGACGAAGAAGAAAAGCGUAACAUUUAGGUGAAGUCAACAACCCCCUCAAGGCCUGCCUCCUAAGGACAUCAUGUAUCUUGGUGACAGUCAGCCACCAUAGGCCUAUUUCUCCUUCUACCUUUCCUUUACACACUGUAGAAUAUUACCUUGCUACUACUUUUUGACUUUGGUAACACUUCACUUGCAGCACCUUGAAAGGUGGCUUUGCCCUAUAGAUAACUAUGGUGGGUUGCUUUGCCCUAUAGAUAUCUAUGGUGUCCUAUAGAUGUAGUUAUACAGCAUUUAGAAACUGUAUGAAAAUGCUACAAGGCAGAAGUUUCCUCAUUUAGCAGAUAGUGUACAUGCCCUAAGGGACAUGUAGGUCUAUCCUGCACACUGUUGUUAUGCGCUUUGAUCUGUGUGAUGUCACUUCCUGUGGUCAGAGAGAAGAUGGAGAGCCAGCUGGACAAGGAGGCGAGGUUUUGUCAGCUGAUGGCCCACAGCUCCCAUGACUCAGCCAUCGACACAGACUCUCUGGAGUGGGAGACGGAGGUGGUGGAGUUUGAGAAGGACAGGGUGAGACUCAAAUAAUUUUAUUGAUUUUAUUGAAUUAUUAUUGAAUUACUAUUUGACUUACUUUUGAUGAGGAAUCGAUUGUUUGGAUGGAUGGCUGGAUGAAUUAAUGGAUGGAUCGAUUGAUUGAAUAAAUUAAUUUCUGUGCCUUUAAACAGCUUGGAAAAUUCCAGAAAAUGAUGUCAUGGCUUUAGAAGCUUCUGAUAGGCUAAUGGACAUCAUUUGAGUCAAUUGGAGGUGUAAACUCAGUGCCUCUUUGCUUGACAUCAUGGGAAAAUCAAAAGAAAUCAGCCAAGACCUCAGAAGUCUGGUUCAUGCUUGGGAGCAAUUUCCAAAUGCCUGAAGGUACCACGUCCAUCUGUACAAACAAUAGUACGCAAGUAUAAACACCUUGGGACCACGCAGCCGUCAUACCGCUCAGGAAGGAGACGCGUUCUGUCUCCUAGAGAUGAACGUACUUUUGUGCGAAAAGUGCAAAUCAAUCCCAGAACAACAGCAAAGGACCUUGUGAAGAUACUGGCGGAAACAGGUACAAAAGUAUCUAUAUCCACAGUAAAACGAGUCCUAUAUCGACAUAACCUGAAAGGCCGCUCAGCAAGGAAGAAGCCACUGCUCCAAAACCGCCAUAAAAAAGCCAGACUAUGGUUUGCAACUGCACAUGGGGACAAAGAUGGUACUUUUUGGAGAAAUGUCCUGUUGUCUGAUGAAGCAAAAAUAGAACUGUUUGGCCAUAAUGACCAUCGUUAUGUUUGGAGGAAAAAGGGGGAUUCUUGCAAGCUGAAGAACACCAUCCCAACCGUGAAGCACGGGGGCAGCCCCAUCAUGCUGUGGGGGUGCUUUGUUGCAGGAGGGACUGGUGCACUUCACAAAAUAGAUGGCAUCAUGAGGAAGGAAAAUUAUGUGGCUAUAUUGAAGCAACAUCUCAAGACAUCAGUCAGGAAGUUAAAGCUUGGUUGCAAAUGGGUCUUCCAAAUGGACAAUAACCCCAAGCAUACUUCCAAAGUUGUGGCAAAAUGGCUUAAGGACAACAAAAUCAAUGUAUUGGAGUGGCCAUCACAAAGCCCUGACCUCAAUCCUAGAACAUUUGUGGGCAGAACUGAAAAAGCAUAUGCGAGCAAGGAGGCCUACAAACCUGACUUGGUUACACGAGCUCUGUCAGGAGGAAUGGGCCAAAAUUCACCCAACUUGUGGAAGGCUACCUGAAACAUUUGACCCAAGUUAAACAAUUUAAAGGCAAUGCUACCAAAUACUAAUUGAGUGUAUGUAAACUUCUGACCCACUGGGAAUGUGAUGAAAUAAAUAAAAGCUGAAAUAAAUCAUUCUCUCUACUAUUAUUCUGACAUUUCACAUUCCUAAAAUAAGGUGGUGAUCCUAACUGACCUAAGACAGGGGAUUUUUACUAGGAUUAAAUGUCAGGAAUUGUGAAAAACUGAGUUUAAAUGUAUUUGGCUAAGGUGUAUGUAAACUUCUGACUUCAACUGUAGAUAACCAGUGAACAGUAUGUUAAACUUUGCUGUUUUCCUGCAGGAUGACAUGGAUUUGAAGGCACUUGGGUUUGACAUAGCAGAGGGGGUAAAUGAUCCGUAUUUACCAGGAGAUUGUGGAAUAUUUGUGACGAGAGUGGACAAAGGAAGUAUUGCAGAUGGAAGGUUAAGGUAAUUCUCUAUGAUUUGUUACAUUUCUUGAGGUUCAAGUUCAAGAACCCCUGUUCUUUCCUCAUCUUCAUCAUCCCCAAUAACACAUUUUUACUUCCUGCUUUUCAGAGUGAACGAUUGGUUGCUGAAGAUAAACGACAUGGACCUGACCAACAAGGACAGAAAGCAGGUGGUAAAGGCAGUGCUUAACGGAGGCGGGCUGAUAAACAUGGUGGUGCGCAGGAGGAAGUCCCUGGGAGGGAGGCUGGUCACCCCCGUACACAUUAACCUGAUCGGACAGAAAGGUAACACUUUUUUGUGGAAACCGUUUACUCCAAAUGUAAAAUGUUUUGCAAAGAAAACGAGAGUUUCUAUUAAACAAAUUCAGGUAGGUCCAUCCCCCUUUCAUUCCGUUUGCUCUGUUUGCCGCCGUCUGGUUCUUAGAGUAAACUGUAAAUCACUUAAUCAAUCAUUCAACAAAACAACAAAUCAACUAGAACAGGUGUGUAUUCAUCAGUUGGAUUCUGUUGCAAAAGGUUUGGUCUGUUGCAAAACGUUUUGCAACGGAAUUCGACUAAUGAAUACACCCCUGUUCUAGUUGAUUUAAUGUUUUGUUUAAUGUUUGAUUGGGUGAUUGAUUUGAUUUCUUGGGUUGAUUGAUUGUAUUAUAUCAUUUGUAUGCAUUUGGUAUUCUUCUAGUACAGUAUUUUAAUGUAACACAUUGCUUUUCACAAGAUGGUCUGUCAUAAGAUUUCUUUAAUAAAUAUCUCUUCUCUAUUCCAGACAGUGGUAUAGGUCUGGAAAGUGGUGUGUUUGUGACGGCCCUUGUCCAGGGGAGUCCUGCUUCCAGGGAGGGAUCUCUGACGGUUGGAGACAGACUUAUCGCUGUGAGUCCUUCUCCUCUACCUCCUUAGUUUCUCCUUCUAAUUUUCCUCAUACUCUUUGUCUCCUGCUCUUCUUCUUCCUCCAUCACCCCAUCCACCUCACCUCCUUAUCCCCCUCCUCCUCUUCCUCCUGCUUCUACUCCUACUCCUCCUCUUUUCCAACCUCUACCUCCUUUUCCUUCACCUCCACCUGAUUUUACCCCUGUUCCAUUUCAGUCUCUAGUGAUUUGGUGACAGACAGAAUCAUAGCCAGUCAUCACUCUACCUGGCAGAAUGACCUUCUCUCUAAUCAUGAUCCACCAACUCAAUCUGCAAUCAUAAUCCUCCAGGUCCUUACUGUGAACCUCUACAGCUUAAUAAAACCACUGGGCUUAGAUAUCUCCCCACUCACCUCUAAUGGCAGACCAAGGCUUGCGUCUCAAAUUGCACCCUAUUCCCUACAAAGCGCACUAUUAUUUACCAGAGUCCAUUCGGCCAAGGUCGAAACUAAUGCACAAUAUAUGAAAUAGGGUGCCAGUUCGGACGCACCCCUGUUGACACCCUCACCUUUAAUAGUGAAGUCUGGCUAACUGAUAUGGGACAUGAUAGCUAAGUGUUAGUGAUUAGCGAGCAUAAGACCAGAUGCCUGCAGAUGUCAAUCAUGGUUGUGUAUCAUCUUAUACCAUGUCCUUGUAGUUGUUAGUAACUUAAUGUAGCAGGUUAUAUUUCACAUAUACAGUAGAUGUUUAAUUAUGUUAGUAAGCAAAGGACUUGAACGCGCUGAACCAACAGUGACAUGUGCACAAUUUGCAUAUGCCACAGCUGCACUCUUGCACUCUUAAUGCUCAUUACUCAGACUAGACUCCCCAGAUGGAAUAACAUGCUUCAAAGAGUACUGUUUCAUUUUAGAUGUUAAAAGUUCACUGAAUUCUCUUUGUUGGUGUGGGGGCAUGUAGCCUAGCGGUUAGAGCGUUGGGCAAUUAACCGAAAGGUCGCUGGUUCGAAAACCCGAGCCGACAAGGUGAAAAAAUCUGUCAAUGUGCCCUUGAGCAAAGCACUUAACCCUAAUUAGCAAGGCUGACCCUGUUAAACAACACAUUUCACUGCACCUAUCGGUAUAUGUGACAAACGUUUUUUAUUUUAAAGACUCAGGCUUGAAUACAUUACCUACUUUCCUCUUUCCCCUUCCUGCGUUCCUCUCCUCGCCGCAGUAUUUUAUAAUUCAUCUCAGGCCUAUUGUCAUGGAAAUGUGGGGAUUGAGAAAGGAGUGUGGGGGUGUUAUAGUUCUAAGAAGAACCACUGGCCUAGAUUUCUAAUAGUAUCCCACUACAGCAGCAGGCAGACUCAAGUCUCUGGCACUGUGUUCUUCAGGUGCAGGGGAUCUCUAUUUGGGGUUAGGGUUAGUUUAAUUCUCAUCCUAUCUUGAAAGCAAUACCACCUAGCAAAACUGUAUGUGUGUUUUGAGAAUGACGUGUGAGUAGUGUGUGUACUGUGUUUCUGAGUGUGUCCUCUGUUGCUUCCAGAUCAACGGCAUCACUCUGGACAACAAGUCGGUGACAGAGUGUGAGACACUGCUGAGGAGCUGCAGGGACUCUCUCAGCCUCUCUCUCAUGAAGGUGCAUCUAAACUAGCUCCUCUACUAAGCUCCUUCAAUACACACUGGCCUCAAAUUAGACUAAAGACAAGUUCUCCUCCAGUCAAUGUGGAGCCACAUAACAGCCUUAUUUUACCAUAGGGCUUUGACUUGAAGGUGAAUCUAAACUUCACCGCUGACUGGCCUCAAAUCAGCCUUAAAUUAGACUCAGGUUCUCCUCAUGUCCAUGUAGUGCCAUACGCUGCAACACCCUUAUUUGAUGCUAUAGCGGGCACUGUUUUUAGGACAGCGACUGACUUUCUCAAGUUUGUCAAGAACAAACAUGUUAGAUACUACUGCACUGCAGUGACUAGAUACCAGGAUAGUGUAAAAACUUUUUUGGGGGGAAAAGUUUAGAGUUUUGGAAAAAAUGAAAUUUGUGUUUACUAGUCCAAUGCUAUUCCUAACACCCUCUCGAUCUCUAUCCUCUGUCCUCUAUCCUCUUAUGUCCCCAGUUCUUCCCUCACAGUUCGUCGGGCCAGAACAUCUUCGACAGCCUGCGGGAGUCAUCGUCUAACGGCCGUCUCUCCGAGGUCCACUCCAGGAACAGCCGUAACCUCAAACACAACAGCUCCACACAGACAGACAUCUUCUGCCCCGACACGGGUGACGGUGGGGGAGGUAGUAACGUCAGUGUCCCAGGAGAGAGGAGGAAGAGCAGGGGGGGUGAGCCUGAGGAGGGGAUGGGGGUGUACGGGGACGUCAGGAAGCCCUUCUCCAUGGGGUCUCUCCGGCCGUCCUCCGACCUUGGUCUGGGUCCCCCGGGCCGCUAUGGCCCCAGCGCCUUCCAGGACUGCUGCUCUGGGUCCCCCUAUGCCAAGCCCCCCCCACCCCCCAUGACCUACGACCCCUCUAACCCCCCCGAUUGCAUCACCAUGGAGACCACCCUGGAGAAGAAACACAGCGGCGGCACCUGGCCGAAGAUGAUCGUAGGCGGGAUGUCCGUCGCCGUGGAUACGACCACAGUGACGACUCCGACCCAGCGGUCCAUCUUCAAGUCACCCAAACAAAGGAAGUCCAUCUUCGACCCGGACGCCUUCAAACCACGGCCUGAGACUGCGCCCUCGUCUUCCAAGAUUGAGAACCUGUUGCCCAGUCAGCUGGUGGCCCACUCCCCGCAGCCCUCCAAGACAGAGUCUCUCUCCUCCUCCUCUACGGCCACACCCACCCCUCCGACACCGCCCACCCGCAGCGAUUCGUUCAAAUUCAAACACAAACAGCAGAGCAGCUCUGUCUCCGACUGCACGCUCACCUCCGACGGGAACGGGGGCAAGGGGGAGGCUGUUUCCAUGGUUACGGGGGAGGGCCACAGGGAACGAGAGAAGGAGCGAGAAAGAGAGAGGGAGCGAGACAGAAACGGGAACCACUACUUCCUGGACGGGAAGGUGCUGACAUCGAGGAAGUCAUGUGACGAGGACAUCGGACGCACCAGGGGGGAGGAGCCUGAGGUGAAGAGGCCCCGCCCUAAAUCAGCGCCGGCUCUCCGACGCAGGAUGACCCCCCAGUCCAUCACCCUGCCCUCCUUCCAGGUCAGUUUGAUGUUAAUGUAUAGUGCUUUUCACUAGGGCCGGUCACAAUAGUCUGAAGUUACUUUCUAGCUUCUCCUCUCCCCUCCAUAUGCAUUAACAUUAAAGAACUGAACAGGUGAAGUCAUCCUCUAAUAUGUUGCGUUCACCUACCUAGCCUAUGAUUUAAGAUCAACAAUGAUCAAGGAGAGGAGACAAGAAGUGCAUGCCAUUUUAAGACUAUUGAGAUGCACCUUAUGUCUCAAAACACUUAAUCUAAAAAGAGAAACACCAGCACUGUGUAGCCUAGCACCCAACCAGUACUCCAGGGUGAUACACGGCAGCCUUUUUGUGGCAGUAUUUACAGCCCUGUCUAUUUGUAUGCCUCUUAACCAGGCUGCCUCAAUGGUGAUUGAUGCCUCUGUACAGAGCUCCAGGCAAUAAGCAGCCUAGGGCUCAAAGUGCUGAGUCAGGGGCCGUGGUCUCGUCCUAGCACUCUCAAACAGCUCCUUCAGUCUACUUCUCAUCAUUCUCAUCUUUCUGUUUCAGGUCAUUGAACUGUGACUGUGGUCCUUUAUUGUCGUACUCUUUCUGUUCCUCAUUAAACCCAUUGGUUUCUGUAUCUGUCAAUCACCAGAGCUACUCCAAUGAUGAUUACUCUCCAGAGCCCAGAGAGAUGCUUCGCUCCUCCCCCAACCGCUCUCACAGACACAGUGUGGGCUUCGUCUCCACCGUCUACAACGGUACACUGCCUGCAAGUGAGUCACUCUCACACACACACACAAACACACACACUUUUAUUUUAUAUAUUGAUUUUUUUUUGCACCUUUUUGCUCCCCAAUUUCGUGAUAUCCAAUUGCGAUCCAAUUACGAUCUUGUCUCAUCGCUGCAACUCCCCAACGGGCUCGGGAGGCGAAGGUCGAGUCAUGCGUCCUCCGAAACAUAACCUGCCAAACCGCACUUCUUAACACCCGCCUGCUUAACCCGGAAGCCAGCCGCACCAAUGUGUCGAAGGAAACUCUGUUUACCUGACGACCGAGGUCAGCCUGCAGGCGCCCGGCCCGCCACAAAGAGUCGCUAGAGCGCAAUGAGCCAAGUAAAGUCCCCCCGGCCAAACCCUCCCCUAACCCGGACGACGCUGGGCCAAUUGUGCGCCGCCCUAUGGGACUCCCGAUCACGGCCGGUUGUGAUAGUCUGGGAUCGAACCCGGGUCUUUAGUGACGCCCCUAGCACUGCAGUGCCUUAGACCGCUGCAUCACUCGGGAGGCCCCACAUACACACUUUUCUAUCCGGAGCCUCUCUAGCCAGUGUGUGUUCCUCCUAUUUAACCAGUGUGAUUGUUGUUGGGUUCUCUAACCAGUGGGUGUGUGUGUGUUGUGUUCUAUCAGACUCGGCCCAUCGUGUCCUGGCCCCGUGUCCAGCGGUGACUGCUGUGAUGAGGAACCCAGUCUACACAGUCCGCAGCCACAGAGUGCACACCAACAACUGUCCCUCUGUCUCCUCCCAGAUCUGCCAACACCAGCACAACAACCAACACCCCAGGUAAUUACCCCAGACAGAAUAACUACUCCAAAAAUCAAGUGGAGCCCAGUCAUUCCUAACGGGGGCUAAUGAUUGUUUAGUCUAAAUUAUUGGCUUGAAAAUAUGAUGACAUUGCUAAAGUAGGUAAAUAAUUAGUAGGCUUUGUAUAACUUUGUCAUUAUGAUGUAGGCCAAUUUACUUUAUGGCAAUGUUGCCAUUGGUAAGAUAAGUUCGUUAAAAAUACCUUGCAAUGCUAACGUUAGCUAGCUGAAAUCCGGUGCCCUCCCCUCAAUCUUAGCUAGCUAUCUGAAGUCAAUCUGACGACAUUGCAAUGAUGACAAAAGGUUCUCCUACUAAUCAGUUGCCUCCUUUUGAAAUGUCGUCCUGUUUGAGAAUGCAUUGAGUAGAACAUUCAGUCGUGCACCAGUCCUCAAGAUGACUUUCAUAAAAAGGGCAUUAGUGACGCUAUGUGCAACCCAUGAAUUAUGUAGUGAGAGAGAGUGUGUGUGUGUGUGUUUGUCAGUCCGCAGCACCAGGGGCGUCUGAGCCUGGACCUGAGCCAAAAGCGUCCAGCAGCAGACUACUCCGAGUCCUCGUCACGCAGCAGCCACACCUCCCAUGGUACCAACUCACUACCCUCCAGUGCUCGCCUGGGCCUUGGUCAGUCACCCAUGCACGCACGCCAGACACACACACACGGUCAUAGGGCGGCGCACAAUUGGCCCAGCGUCGGGGUAGGCCGUCAUUGUAAAUAAGAAUUUGCCUAGUUAAUAAGAAAUUGCCUAGUUUAAAUAAAAUGUUACAUGCAGACACUCACACAUACUAACACACACACACACUCACACAAAAUACUCACAUUAUACAUGCGCAACACACACACACACUGACCUUUCCUCUAUUCUAUCAGGUUCGUCCAGUAACGUCCAGUACCGGACAGAGAGGAUAAAGAUCCCCUCCACUCCCCGCUACCCUCGAUCCAUGCUGGGCUCUGACAGAGGUACAUACAUGGAUGGAUGGAUGGAUGGAUGAAUGCAUAAUUAAACAAACAAAUUAGUUAACAAAAAUAUGGAUGGGUGGGUGGAUAGACAAAUUAAUGAAUUAACAAAUGGGUGGAUGGAUGAAUGAACACGUAUUAAGAUGCCUAUUCCCAGAAUACUGUACCUCUCGACCAAUAUUACCUGACGCUGGUCCCAAGGGGCCUUUAGAAUGUUGAUUUUCCACUCAACUAAAGAACAUUAUUCCAAAUCAAACCGCUGACUCAGGGUAUUUACAACCUGGUUACCUCUCUGAGAAAUGACACUGUAACUAUGGACCAAUUCUCUCCCUUUCCCACUCUCUCGCUUUCGCUCUACUACCAUGUUUUAACUGUUGUGAGUAUUUUAAUUGUUUUUACUAUGGUUGUAAGAAUGAGGAAUUAAUGAAGUACAAUCUCAUCUUAAUAUCAUUUCAUUUAAAGUCUCUUACCCUCUCUCCCUGCCCCCCCCCCUUCCAGGCUCCCUGUCACAUUCAGAGUGCAGCAGCCCCAGCCUCAUCACUCCCCCUCAAUCACCUCUAAACCUGGAGACUUCCUCCUUCACCAGCAGCCAAUCACAGAGCUCCAUAUCCACCCUGCCAAGAAUCUCUGUCAGCCCUGUGCCAAUUGGAGAGCGGAGGAAAGACCGGUAGGAAGGGAAAGACAAGAGAAGUGAGAUGGGGCUGGAAGGUCUAAAACAGUGUGUGGACUGGAGUACCCCCAGCAGUUCUAUUCAAUUGGUCAAAUAAUCACCAAGCCUUUUGUUAGCUGAAUCAGGUGGGCUAGUACUAGAAUACAUCAAAUAAGUGGAACAGGCUGAGGGUACUCGAGGAGAGGUUUAGGAAACACUGGUCUAAAGGAAUACAGAUAGGAAGUGUGUGAUGCAUUGAUUAUAUAUCAGUUAAAAUGCUGUUGGUAUAUGCAGUAUAAAGCUCAGUUGAGUGUUGCUGCCAUUUCUCCUUGUAGCCUGGUCCCAGAUCUGUUUGUGCUUUAGCCAACUCAUUUGACUAUGCCAGUGGAAUGAUGUUCAAAUUUUAUUUGUCACAUGCGCAGAAUACAACUGGUGUAGACUUUACCGUCAAAGGCUUGCUUACGAACCCUUCCCAACGUUGCAGAGUUUAAAAAUAGUAACACGAGGAAUAAAAUAAAAGACAGAAGAAUGGAGCAAUAUACAGGGAGUACCAGUACCAGAUCAAUGUGCAGAGGUACGGGGUAUUUGAAGUAGAUAUGUACAUGGUGAAGUGAAGUGCACUACCUGAGCCACAGGGUGAAGUGACUAGGCAUAUCAGGAUAGAUAAUAAUAAGAGUAAAAUAAAGAAGCAGCAGCAAAUUAUGAGUGUAAAAGUGUGUGUGUGUAAUGUGUGUGUAUGCAUGUUUGUGUUGUGUUGGUAUGCGUGGGUUUUGUGUGUUAGUCAGAAGGGUUCGCUAAACACAUGCAGAAGGAACCAGGCUAUUUUCCUUUUGUAUUUUUUAGUUAUUUCUUCUUCUCACACCAGACCUGUUCGGCCUCUGCAUUUCUCUCUGUUUUCUUUUUCAUCACCUCUCACUGUUUUCUUUUGCUGUCUGUCUGUCCUUCCUGUCCCCUUCCUGUUUGUUUUUCUCUCGUCCGUCUCCUCCCUCGUUUCUUCUCUUCUAUCUGCCGUGUGUAAAUGUCUCCAGGUCUCUGCACCGUAACAGGUCUUUUCUGAGGAUUCCUCUGGCUGCUAGGCCGAGGUUCUCCUCUCUCAGGAGCCUCAGGUUUGUUGACUGACUGACUGAUGGUCUUACUGUUAACAUGCUUGAGUGUUGGAUAGAAAUGCUGAAAUGAAGAUGUAUACACAGGCCCCCUUCAGAAAGAACUCCUAGCCCCCACCCUGAGGCACUUGACUUGUGAUUAGGAGCUCGGAGUUGUUUCUGGGAGGAGCUCAUUGAGAUCUAGUGUAGGCACCUGGAAUGUGUAAAGCGUGUGUUGUGUGGAAUUCCUCACCCCUGAACAGCAGUUAGGCCGACAUCCCACUUCUCAGUUGAACAGGUCUGUGCAUGCCAGGUUUACAUUAGCUUGUUUCACUGAAAAGAUCCAGAAAAUAUCUAAUUCCUCUUGAACCGGAUUUGAUAUAGACGUGUGCUGCGUCUCAGUUGUCACUGACAGUUUUGUGUUUGUAUGGUUGGACUUGUUGAAAUGACUUGGCCACUUGUUUCAUGUGUAAAGUCCUCACUGAGGCUGCAUGCUACUGAAUGUCCGUGCCCUUUUGCAGAUGGGAUGGCAUUCUGUGUGUCUUUGGGUCCAAUGCUAGUCACCAGGUUGAAUGUGAAGAUACCUCUGUCCAUCACACAACCUCUGGAUCUUUUGCUUGUCUUCUUCUUGUAGCACACAGUCUGUCUGUCCCUGUUAUUUCUGUCGGUUGGUCCUUCCUGUGAUAUGUAAUAUGCCUCCAUAUAUGUCUCUGUGUUGUGAAAAUCAGUAUGUGCGUUACAUAGCACCCUAAUCCCUAUGUAGUGCACUACUUUUGGCAAUACCCUCAUAGGGGAGAUGAGAUGCAGCCCUGAAGUUUCUCCUCCCUCCCUCCCAUCAGGCCGUACCUGGAGGAACCUCGGAACGUGAUUGUUCAUAAAGGGGCGGAGCCUCUGGGCAUCUCUAUCGUCAGCGGCGAGAACGGUGGCAUCUUCGUCUCCAAGGUAACAGGAGGCAGCAUCGCCCACCAGGCCGGCCUGGAGUAUGGCGACCAGCUCCUUGAGGUAACUUCCCUUUUUUCUGUUUCAUUGCUGCUUCCUGCCAGGGUUAUGGGUCAUAUCCAUUUCAGCUCAGGAGGAAAUUAUAAAUGUGAUGAUGUAGACUGCAGCCAGCACAGUCGCUUGCACAUCUAGACUACACAUGCGCUAAUUCCCCCCUCAUGGAAUAAAACAUUACAUUUUAGCAGAUGCUCUUAUCCAGAGUGACCUACAGUCAGACAUUCAUGCCUGAGAAUGACAUGUAGAAUUAAGUUUAUUUUCAGUUAGGUUUUUUCUAUAACAUCUUACCUUUCUCUCCUCUUUUUCAUCUCUCCCCUCCUCCUCCUCCAGUAUAAUGGUAUUAACUUGCGUAAUGCCACAGAGCAGCAAGCCAGGCUAAUAAUUGGUCAGCAGUGUGACACUAUCACCAUCAUGGCUCAGUACAACCCCCACAUGUACCAGCUGGGAAACCACUCACGCUCCAGGUAAUACACAAACACACACACACACACACACACACACACACACACACACACACACACACACACACACACACACACCUGGAAAACCACUCACAAUCCAAAUAAAAAAAUGAAAUUUCUUCCCAGAGGUCUUUAAAAAAUAUAUAUAUAUAUACACUGCUCAAAAGAAUUAAGGGAACACUAAAAUAACAUCCUAGAUCUGAAUGAAUGAAAUAAUCUUAUUAAAUACUUUUUUCUUUACAUAGUUGAAUGUGCUGACAACAAAAUCACACAAAAAUGAUCAAUGGAAAUCAAAUUUAUCAACCCAUGGAGGUCUGGAUUUGGAGUCACCCUCAAAAUUUAAAGUGGAAAACCACACUACAGGCUGAUCCAACUUUGAUGUAAUGUCCUUAAAACAAGUCAAAAUGAGGCUCAGUAGUGUGUGUGGCCUCCACGUGCCUGUAUGACCUCCCUACAACGCCUGGGCAUGCUCCUGAUGAGGUGGCGGAUGGUCUCCUGAGGGAUCUCCUCCCAGACCUGGACUAAAGCAUCCGCCAACUCCUGGACAGUCUGUGGUGGAACGUGGCGUUGGUGGAUGGAGCGAGACAUGAUGUCCCAGAUGUGCUCAAUUGGAUUCAGGUCUGGGGAACGGGCGGAGCAGUCCAUAGCAUCAAUGCCUUCCUCUUGCAGGAACUGCUGACACACUCCAGCCACAUGAGGUCUAGCAUUGUCUUGCAUUAGCAGGAACCCAGGGCCAACCGCACCAGCAUAUGGUCUCACAAGGGGUCUGAGGAUCUCAUCUCGGUACCUAAUGGCAGUCAGGCUACCUCUGGCGAGCACAUGGAGGGCUGUGCGGCCCCCCAAAGAAAUGCCACCCCACACCAUGACUGACCCACCGCCAAACCGGUCAUGCUGGAGGAUGUUGCAGGCAGCAGAACGUUCUCCACUGCGUCUCCAGACUCUGUCACGUCUGUAACAUAUGCUCAGUGUGAACCUGCUUUAAUCUGUGAAGAGCACAGGGCGCCAGUGGCGAAUUUGCCAAUCUUGGUGUUCUCUGGCAAAUGCCAAACAUCCUGCACGGUGUUGGGCUGUAAGCACAACCCCCACCUGUGGACGUCGGGCCCUUAUACCACCCUCAUGGAGUCUGUUUCUGACUGUUUGAGCAGACACAUGCACAUUUGUGGCCAGCUGGAGGUCAUUUUGCAGGGCUCUGGCAGUGCUCCUCCUGCUCCUCCUUGCACAAAGGCGGAGGUAGCAGUCCUGCUGCUGGGUUGUUGCCCUCCUACGGCCUCCUCCACGUCUCCUGAUGUACUGGCCUGUCUCCUGGUAGCGCCUCCAUGCUCUGGACACUACGCUGACAGACACAGCAAACCUUCUUGCCACAGCUCGCAUUGAUGUGCCAUCCUGGAUGAGCUGCACUACCUGAGCCACUUGUGUGGGUUGUAGACUCCGUCUCAUGCUACCACUAGAGUGAAAGCACCGCCAGCAUUCAAAAGUGACCAAAACAUCAGGCAAGAAGCAUAGGAACUGAGAAGUGGUCUGUGGUCACCACUUGCAAAACCAGUCCUUUAUUGGGGGUGUCUUGCUAAUUGCCUAUAAUUUCCACCUGUUGUCUAUUCCAUUUGCACGACAGCAUGUGAAAUGUAUUGUCAAUCAGUGUUGCUUCCUAAGUGGACAGUUUGAUUUCACAGAAGUGUGAUUGACUUAGAGUUACAUUGUGUUGUUGAAGUGUUCCCUUUAUUUUUUUGAGCAGUGUAUAUAUAAAAGUAAUCAAAGACAAAAUGUUAGACUCAUUCAUAGUUCAAAAGUGGUGUAAAGUUGACCUCUGACCAUGCCAUGACAUUUAUUAUGUAAAUCCCAUAGUAAUCAUUUGGAGAAAUAUACAGGCAUCAUUUGGCACGUCUGUAUCCCAUUUAAAUAGAUGGCACCAAUCUCUCCCAUUCAUUUGACUGAGGUAUUAAGGUUUCUGUUUCUCUCGCUCUAUGCAUGUGUAGUUCUCGUCUGGAGCCGGUGAGCAGCCAAUCGACUCCCCAGGGCAGUGGAGCCACCACCCCAGACAACCACUCUACUAUAGACACUCUGAGUGAACAGGACGAAGGAACACUCACCCCCUCCUCCAAACAGACCACACCUACAACUAGUCCUCAUAGCUUCAUCAGGUAACACACACACCUCUGACCGGCCCACCUCUGACUGCUCCAGCCUCUUUAACGUAAUGUGUGUGUAUAUUGCAGGGAUUGGAUACAGCAGAAGACACAUUUUCGUUUCGUAAGGAUUAGUAAAGUAUUCUUAUUCUUUCCUCCCCCUCCAGGAUGUCGUCAGAGAGUAGUCGCAAGGUGUGUGAACCACGGGUGGUGACUGUGCGCAGGGCCCAGGGGGCAGAGCUGGGGCUGGGGCUGUGUGGAGGGAACCUCCGGGGGGUCUAUGUAGAGAGUCUGGAGGAGGACAGCCCUGCUAGGGGACCAGAGGGGCUGCAGCCUGGGGACCUCAUACUGGAGGUAGGUUAUACAUAAACCAGCAUGUGCGCAGAUUUGAUUUGAGACACACUAGGGAUGGGGUUUUGAAAUAAUUUCACUAUUCGAAUAGUAUCAUUCAUUUUAUCUGGAUAUUCGAAAUACAUGUACACUACCGUUCAAAAGUUUGGGGUCACUUAGAAAUGUCCUUGUUUUUGAAAGAAAAGCAAUUUUUUUGUCCAUUAAAAUAACAUCAAAUUGAACAGAAAUACAGUGUAGACAUUGUUAAUGUUGUAAAUGGCUAUUGUAGCUGGAAACGGCUGAUUUUUUAUGGAAUAUCUACAUAGGCGUACAGAGGCCCAUUAUCAGCAACCAUCAGUCCUGUGUUCCAAUGGCACGUUGUGUUUGCUAAUCCAAGUUUAUCAUUUUAAAAUGCUAAUUGAUCAUUAGAAAACCCUUUUGCAAUUAUGUUAGCACAGCUGAAAACUGUUGUGCUGAUUUAAAGAAGCAAUAAAACUGGCCUUCUUGAGACUAGUUGAGUAUCUGGAGCAUCAGCAAUUGUGGGUUCGAUUACAGGCACAAAAUGGCCAGAAACAACUAACUUUCUUCUGAAACUCGUCAGUUUAUUCUUGUUCUGAGAAAUGAAGGCUAUUCCAUGCAAGAAAUUGCCAAGAAACUGAAGAUCUCGUACAACGCUGUGUACUACUCCCUUCACAGAACAGCGCAAACUGGCUCUAACCAGAAUAGAAAGAGGAGUGGAUGGCCCCGGUUCACAACUGAGCAUGAGGACAAAUACUUUAGAGUCUAGUUUGAGAAACAGACGCCUCACAGGUCCUCAACUGGCAGCUUCAUUAAAUAGUACCCGCAAAACACCAGUCUCAACGUCAACAGUGAAGAGGCGACUCCGGGAUGCUGACCUUCUAGGCAGAGUUGCAAAGAAAAAGCCAUAUCUCAGACUGGCCAAUAAAAAGAAAAGAUUAAUAUGGGCAGUCUGAGAUAUGGCUUUUUCUUUGCAUUGUAUUUGUCCUCUUGCUCAGUUGCUUUUCAGCGUUUUCCUAACCUUAACCUCAGUCUCCUAACCUGCUACAUUAAUUCGCCUAACCUGCUACGAAAAAGUAACUUCGGUAUCAAAGUGGCAUGAAAAUAGUUUUUCCCAGCUAUAGAUAGCUAGGCUAAUUAAGGCCACAUGCUGCACUUUCUUCCCAACCCCAUUCAAGUAAAACAGCCUACCUGUUGGUUUCUCGUUGUAGCCUACUCCUUCUUAUUUCACUAACUUUUAAUUCCGCAAUUGUUUUCCAUUUUGCAUUGCGUUAGUGAACGCUUACUCCACUUGCUACACAUUGAGCCUCUUUGCCACUUUGAGUGGCCAACAUAAACAAGCUACACACGUGAAGGCUACCAGUCUUUUUUAUGGGGCACCGUGCACAUUAUAAACUACUUUGAAAAGUUUGUUUUAUUAAAUUAAUGAUUUGAAAUAUGGUAUAUCCUUGUAUGUAACAAUGUCACAUGGAUAUUUGAAUUUAAUUAAGAAAAAGCCUUUUCAGUGUAAAAAGCUGGUUAAAAUAGGCCUAUAUUAGGAUAUUUUUAUUAUUAUUCCCAUUCGGAUAUUUGAAUAAUCGUGCACAUCCCGAACAUACAAACACACACACACACACACACACACACACACACACACACACACACACACACAGUGUAUAAUAACCUUUUUAUAAGUGACAAUUUUGCACUCUGCAGCAUCUCUUCCAAAGCCCAUCACCAUUCUCCCUGCCUGUCUUUGUUCCUUCAUCGAUUGCCCCGCCUCCCUUUCUCUAUCAUGACACUGCGGUCAAUCUAUCUAUACAGAGAGACGAAGGUAGCUAACUCAUACUAUCCCAUUCCUGGCAUGCUCCCUUCCUGUCACUAUAAGCUCUGUUCUCCAAACAGGCCUAGAGCUUUGUCAUCAGGACAGAACACACAGUAGAACUUAAACCUUUCAUCUCCCUGGCAAUUCUCCUCCUCCUCUCAUCUUUGGUCAUCAUCCUCCUCCUCCUCCUCCUCUCCAGAACAAAUCAAUAGACAGACACUUCAUACAGCCAAGGGGCUUCCCUCCUCCCUCUUCUUCUCCUUCUUCUUCUCCUCACUACUCAAUAGACAGUCUUACAAUCCAAAAGCCACUGAGUGUGAAGGAGACAGUGUUUACUCUCUGGACCAGCCCAGGGCUUUGAAAUGAAUUUACUGAUUGGUCUAGACACUGCCAAUAUCUAUCACUCAUCUCUCUCACCCUCUCCAUCUCCCUUUCGCGCUCUGUAUCUCUCACACUGUUGCUCUGUCUCUGUAUCUGUCUGUCUGUCUCUCGCUCUUUCUAUCUCUCACACUCUCGUGCACACUCACACUAUCUCCCUCUUUUCGUUCUCGUUUUUGAUGGUUGAAAUUUGAAAGUUUGUCUUUUCCAUUUGUUUGUGUAAUGUAUGAUGUUGAACCAGUAAAGGGGAAUGUAAAUUCUCUCUCUCUCUCUCUCAGUAUGGGUCUGUGAACAUGAAGAACAAGACUGUGGAGGAGGUGUAUGUAGAGAUGCUGAAGCCGGCCGAGACGGUCACUCUCAAAGUCCAACAACGACCGGACGACUUCAACAUUGUCAAAGACACACCGGGGGACGGCUUCUAUAUCAGGUACAAACACACACAACCUGUCCCCAAAAUGCCUGUUUUUCGUGAUUCCCUCUAUGCGGUCUACUGUACCUCCAUGCACCUCCACUUCUAUAUACAGUGCCUUCAGAAAGUAUUCACACCCCCUUUUCCACAUUUUGUUGUUCAAAAGUGGGAUUAAAAUGGAUUUAAUUGUAAUGUUUUGGGCAACCAACUACUCUGUCAAAGUGAAAUAAUGUAUUUUCUUUUUUUUGUAAUGAAAAAUAAAACUAAUAUACAGUAUCUUGAUUGGAUGAAUAUUCAACCCCCUGAGCCAAUUCGUGUUAGAAUCACCUUUGGCAGCGAUAACAGCUGUGAGUCUUUCUGGAUAAGUCUCUAAGAACUUUGCACACCUGGAUUGUACAAUAUUUGCCCAUUAUUCUUAAAAAAAUUAUUCAAGCUCUGUCAAGUUGGUUGGUCAAAUCAAAAUCAAAUCAAAUUUUACUGCACCAUGUUGAUCAUUGUCUUGCCAUAGAUUUUCAAUGCCGAUUUAGGCCAAAACUGUAACUAGGCCACUCAGGAACAUUCAAUGUUGUCUUGGUAAGCAACUCCAGUGUAUAUUUGGCCUUGUGUUUUAGGUUAUUGUCCUGCUGAUAGGUGAAUUUGUAUCCCAGUGUCUGUUAGAAAGCUGACUGAACAAAGUUUUCCUCUAGGAUUUUGUAUGUGCUUAGAUCUAUUCCGUUUCUUUUUAUCCUAAAAACACCCUAGUCCUUGCCAAUGACAAGCAUACCCAUAACAUGAUGCAGCCACCACCAUGCUUGAAAAUAUGAAGAGUGGUACUCAGUAAUGUAUUGUGUUGAAUUAUCCCCAAACACUUUGUAUUCAGGACAAAAAGUUCAUUUCUUUGGCAAUUUUUUUGCAAUAUCUUUUGUGCCUUAUUGCAAACAGGAUGCAUGUUUUGGAAUAUUUUUAUGUUGUACAGGCGUCCUUCUUUUCACUCUGUCAUUUUUUUGUUAGGAUUGUGGCGUAACUACAAUGUGGUUGAUCCAUCCUCAGUGUACUCCCAUCACAGCCAUUAAACUGUUGUAAAAUCACCAUUGACCUCAUGGUGUAAUACCUGAGCGGUUUCCUUCCUCUCGGGCAACUGAGUUAGGAAGGACGCCUGUAUCUUUGUAGUGACUGGGUGUAUUGAUACACCAUCCAAAGUGUAAUUAAUAAAUUCACCAUGCUCAAAGGGUGCCCUUCUUUGCGAACCAUUGGAAAACCUCCCUGAUCUUUGAAAUGUGCUUGAAAUUCAUUGCUUGACUGAGGACCUUACUGAUAAUUGUAUGUGUGGGAUACAGAGAUGUGGGAGUCAUUUAAAAAGCAUGUUAAACACUGUUAUUGCACACAGUCCAUGCGAUUUAUGUGACUUGUUAAGCACAUUUUCACUCAUUAAUUUAUUAAGGCUUGCCAUAAAAAAGGGGUUGAAUACAUAUUGACUCAAGACAUUUCAGCUUUUUAAAUGUUUUAUUAAUUUGUAAACAUUUUUAAAAACACAAUACCACUUUGACACAAAAUCACAAUUUAAUCCAUUUUAAAUUCAGGCUGUAACACAAAAUGUGAAAAAAGUCAAGUGGUUUGAAUACUUUCUGAAGGCACCAGUGAAGCCCAUGGAGAGGAGCUAUCUCUUCAUCUAAAGCAAUUGGGUCCCACAUCCAGGAAGACCAUCUAUCUCACUUUAUACAACGAGUGGGUCUAAUCCUGAAUGCUGAUUGGCUAAACCCCAAUUCCAGCUGGUGUCUAUUCCACAAGUUACCACCAGCUAAAUCUAUGACGUUAAAAUGCCUAUUUACACGGUUCCAUCUGACUGCGAAAUCCACUGUCUCAUCAACCCAGUCAGGCACUUUAUAAACUUGAUCUCCACUUUAAAAAGCAUCUAGACAUUAUCUCAAAAAACAUUUUAGACUAACAUUUAGUUUUGAGCAGUGGAGAUUUAUAAACCUUGCUGUCUGUCUCUCCGACAUUUGCAAAAUUGUUUCAAAUUCAAAUUAGAUCUCCUGCUGUCUCAUAGUAUUGAACGUGUUGGGAGUCGGGACGAGACCGAGAGGCAGGCAGCGUUUCUCAACUGUUGGAAAAUCAUGAAUCAGCUGGCAUCAUUUUUAUGGAUAUAUAUUUGAAUAUGUUGGUAACCGUUAGAUAGGUAGUAUCUCUAAGUGAUAAGGCCCUCGAAACCGGUGUUUGUUGGAUAUAUUGGCACGGUUUGUUGGCCCUCAACGAACACCCGUGCCAAUAUAUCCAACAAACACUGUCUUCUCUGGCAUUAUCACUUAGAUAGUAUCUCUAUCUAUCUCACACAGUAGGGUUGGUUUACCAGCAGACAGACCAAGGAGACUGUCUCUCUUCAUUGGGCCAGGUUAAAUGCCCCUGUAGAGUGUGUGCAUGUCUGUCACUUUGCAUGUGUAGGCAGACUCUCUAAGCAGACUCUCUAGGCAGACUGAGACAGACCAUAGAUGCAGGCUGUGAAUGAAGAGGAUUAGGGGGAAGUCUGUUGGUAAGUGCAGCUGUUUGUUGUUAGAAGUCUGUAGAAAGCUGAAUUUUUGUGUCCCAAAUGGCACCCUAUUUGCUAUAUAGUGCACUACUUUUUUUUUUAAACCAGGCCCCAUUGGGCUCUGGUCAAAAGUAGUGCACUAUAUAAGUAAUAAGGUGCCAUUUGGGAUGCUGCCUGAGUCUCUGCAUGGCAGCCGCAGUCACUAGUCAUACAGGCCGGGUCGUGAUGUCAUCGGCAGUAAAUACGCCCCACAGAUACACUUAGAGUUGGGGCUCCAACCUUACUGCAAGCGCACACAAACUGUCACACUGAACACACGUGUGCGCACAUACUAACCCUCUCUUCCUUCCUCCCCUCCUCUUCCUCCCCCUCCCUCCCUUCCUCUUAUUAUCCCUCCUUACCCUCUCCCUCCAUCUCUCCAGAGCACUUUAUGAGCGGACAGUGGAGGCAGAGCUGGACCUGAGUUUUAAGAAGGAUGACAUCAUGUAUGUGGAUGAUACUCUACCAAAGGGCAGCUUUGGCACCUGGAUGGCCUGGCAGCUGGAUGAGAACGCACAGCAGAUCCAGAGAGGACAGAUACCCAGCAAAUACAUGUGAGACACACACACUCCGACAUGCAGACGUAAACACACACACACACACACACACGAGUCAUGGCUGUGGUCCUCUGUAGCUCAGCUGGUAGAGCACGGCGCUUGUAACGCCAAAGUAGUGGGUUCGAUCCCCGGGACCACCGUUACACAAAAAAAAUGUAUGCACGCAUGACUGUAAGUCGCUUUGGAUAAAAGCGUCUGCUAAAUGGCUUAUUAUUAUUAUUAUUAUUAUUAUUAUUAUUAUUAUUAUAUUAUGGCUCUUGUGUAAUUAUAUUGUAUGUCUCUGUGUGCCUGUGUCUGUGCAGGAUGGACCAGGAGUUCUACCGUAGACACAGUAUGACGGAGCUGAAAGACGACAAGGACAGUAAGAGCCUGUCUGCCGCUGCCAGGCGAUCCUUCUUCAGGAGGAAACACAAACAUAAACGCAGCGGCUCCAAAGACAGCAAGGAACUGGUGGCUCAUGACGCCAUUAGCACAGACUCCAUACCAUUCCUAGAGGGUGAGGGGACACACACACCUUUACAUGGAUAGAGUAUUGGGCUGUAGUAUGUAACUCUACCUAGGUGCCACUGAUUGAUUUUGGUAUCGGACAUUUGUGUGUGUAACCAUAUAUAUAUGUGUCUCUCACUCCCUCUCAAGACUGUGUGAGCCUGGCGUACCAGCGAGUCCAGAAGGUAGAUUGUGCGUCUCCCAGGCCGGUCCUGAUCCUCGGCCCUCUCUCAGACCCCGUCAAGGACAUGCUGGUCAAAGAGUCCCCCGGGAAGUUCUGCAGAUGUGUCCUGGGUGAGUAAAGUACAACAUAGUACCACAAUAUGAUACUAAUAAUACCCCAAACUGGUUGAGUACAUUACAACAGCGUACACAAGUAGCUACAAAAUAGGCCUACCCCAACCUGCCAACGCUAACUAUACUGAGAGCAAUUCACAAGGACUGACUUUUAAGUCAGAGAUUGUGUGCAUCCCAAAUGGCACCCUAUUCCCUAUAUAGUGCACUACUUUUGACCGGUUCCCUAUAUAGUGCACUACUUUUGACUGGGACCCUGCCAUUUCUGACACAGACAUUGUUUUGCAUGUACUCCAAAAGCCACCUUUGUCUUAAAAUAAUUCUAAAACAAUACAAACAUUUGACAUUUUAGUCAUUUAGCAGAUGCUCUUAUCCAGAGUGACUUAGUGUAUUAAUCUUAAGAUAGCUAGGGGGGGAAACCACAUAUCUUAGUCAUAAUAAGUAAAUUUUUCCAAAAUAUCAGCAAAGUCAAUUGAAGUGCGAGUGUUAGUUUAUGAUUUUUUAUUUUAUUUUUUUGCUGUGGAGUUAUUUAAGACAGGUAGGGUUUCAGAUGUUUUUGGAAGAUGGCCAGGGACUCUACUGUCCUAGCUUCAGGGGGAAGAUGGUUCCACCAUUGCAGUGCCAGGACAGAGAAGAGCUUUGACUGGGCUGAAUGGGAGCUGCUAUCGUGUAGGGGUGGGAGGUCCAAGAGACCAGAGGUGGCAGAUCGGCAUACUUGGGUUUGAGAAUAGCCUGAAGGUAGGAAGGGGCAUUGUACCAUGGUCUUGUAGUGGAUGGGAGCUUCGACUGGGCCAAUUGUGCGCCGCCCUAUGGGACUCCCUGUCACGGCCGGUUGUGACACAGCCUGGAAUCGAAUCCGGGUCUGUAGUGACGCCUCAAGCAGUGCGAUGCAGUGCCUUAGACCGCUGCGCCCUCUGUAUUUCAUUUUCAAUAAAUGUGCAAACAUUUCUAAAAACAUGGGGUAUUGUGUGUAGACAUUUUGCAUUGGAAAUUAGCAUUUCUUAUUGUACAAGUUGAGGUAGUCCCUCCCUGUUUCAGUCUGUUUUCUCCUGUUUGGUGCCUAAUGAAUAUGACCAUGGUGUUACUGGUGUUCUCUGAUUCUGACGUCUGUCUGUGGUUUCCUCAGAGGUGAUGAAGGCGUCCCAGCAGGCUAUAGAGCGUGGCGUCAAAGACUGCCUCUUCAUCGACUACAAACGCAGGAGCGGCCAUUUUGACGUGACCACCGUGGCCUCCAUCAAGGAGAUAACAGAGAAGGUACAGCGUCAGGGCUGGUCUAGGAUCAGUUUGAUCUUUUAAGAUAAUAGUGAAUAAGAUUAUAUGAGAUUUUAUGCCACCUCAAAAUAAUUCCUUGGGUUUUUGGAUUAUCACAAUUAACAACGUUCUGUCGUACCGGAAGUGAAGUCUCUUUCAUUUGAUCCAUUCUGAAUGUAGUAUCAUGUUGUUGCUUGUGAUCCCAGUUGUUGUACCUAAAACAGAACUGAACUAAGAUGUCCUCCUCUCCUAGGACUGUCACUGUCUGCUAGACAUCGCGCCCCAUGCCAUCGAGAGGCUGCACUGCGUUCACAUUUACCCUAUCGUCAUCUUCAUCCGCUACAAAAACUCCAAGCAGAUCAAGUAAGUAGCCAGCCAAACCCAUCAUCUUCACUAGACCUUUAGUGUUAUAAACAUUCUAGAUCUUUUAAAUGUUAUGUUCCAUUUUAGGAGUCUCUUAGCUAGACUAAGGUCUGAGAUAAAAUAAUUCCAUGGAGACUUAUCUUUAGUGUGUUUUCUACUUGGUGGUUGAGUUCACAGAAAGCUUUAUUGCGUGCGAUGGUCCCAUGGGUCAGUAGCUCAUUGGAGAAAUGAAUGGGAUGUAAGGGGAUUUAUCACUAAUUUAAAAGUACAGUAUAAUAAUAGCGUUAUAAUGGUAAGCUAUAGUGUAUCGGCCACAGUCAGAAAUCCCCAGGCUCCUUUUCUUCUUGACUACACCCCCCCCCCCCCCCCCCCCCCCCCCCCCCACACACACACAGAAAUCCUCUAGCUGUAUCUCAAUGUUCUUUGAUAACUUACUCUCCUUCUUGACCGUUCAGUAAUGAAGAGGUUGGAUAGAUUUCCUCUGUACAAUGGGACCAUUAAUCACUCAGCACUAUUUGGAUUGUCCCAGUAGUGAGUAGAGUUGUAGUGACAUGCUUUGGGGAUUUAGAGAUAUCUAUCUAUUAUUUAGAAAAUAUACAAAAGUAUUUAAUAUAUUGUAUAGAUCAAUAAAUAAAAAGGCUAUUUUUUUAUACAUAUACUGUAUGGUAUGUGCCCCUAAGUUUUAUCAUUACAAAGAUAUACAAGGACCUUGAGCAUUCUCUCCGGUGGCAAACUAUUAUCGGGGGAUGGGUCUAUAUUAAAUAAUAUUAUUAGCUAAUCACACAUACAUAUGAGGAUUCCAUUGAUCAUUUGUCUAAAUAAAAAGUGGCAUUGGUGUUACUCAAUCUAAAUGAAUGGCAAUGACAUUGUGAGCUAAAUGAAUAAUCAUAACACUUUAGUAAAUUAUUUUUAAAGGGUUAAUUACCCAAAAUGUCAAACCCAAAUGCCACCGCAAUUUAAGAAAGACCCAGAGGCUGUGUUUUAAUACUCUAAACUGGCUUCCUUUCCUCUUGUACUCUGCCAACUUCUGAGAGUAGAGGUUUGUCUGUGUGUUCGUAGGGAGGCUGUGUCCUAAUACUCUGCGCUGGUUUCCUCUCCUCAGGGAACAGAAGGAUCCAGUGUAUCUGCGGGACAAGGUCUCUCAAAAACAUUCCAAGGAGCAGUUUGAGGUUGCACAGAAGAUAGAGCAGGAGUAUAGCAAAUUCUUUACAGGUUGGCAUAUUGCACUGUACUAUAUUGUCUGUCUGUGCGUGUUUGCCUUUGGCUAUGCCUAUCUCUGUGUGUGUGUGUGUGUGUGUGUGUGUGUGUGUGUGUGUGUGUGUGUGUGGUAUACAGUAUGUGGGUGGAUGAGUGUGCAUAUGUGGCUGUGUGUGGCGUCUUCCCUGAUGAAGACUGCUUUUCCUUUUCUUUUAAUGUGUGUGGCAUCUUCCUACCUUGUUAACCUUUUCUCUGCUGUAUCUUUACAGGUAUUGUCCAGGGCGGCACUCUUCCCUACAUUUGCACUCAGAUCAUGACUAUAGUUGAUCAGGAACAGAGUAAGGUCCUGUGGACUCCCCUUGGCUGCUCCUAGAGGGUGGAGGCCACCACUGCACCCUGCGUUACUGCGCCUCUCAUCUCCACUCACCACAAACACUAAAAAACCUUCCACAUUAUACCAAUAGGUACACUACAGUGAGCUAUUACACAUGUAAACUAGUGAUAUUUUUGUUAUAUAGUUUUAUUAUGAUGUUGAUUCGUAUCUUAACCAGAGCAUCUUCUUAUUAUUCUGUGUAUUCUGGAGCAGGUUGGUAGCGCUGACAGUUGAUGAUAAAGUUCAUUCGGUCUUCCUUAAGGGUUUUAUGGUGGUGUUUUUGUAAUGUUGCGUUGUAUGCAUCUGUUUACAGUUAAAAUAUGAGUCUUGAGUAUUGGUGUUAAAUGUUCUGCUUGAAUGUG